AUGCCUGGUCUACCAACUAAUAUCGACCUCGAUGAGUGCAUCUCCCGGCUCUACAAGAAGGAGCUGCUUGCAGAAUCGGUGAUAGAAGCGAUCUGUCUAAAAGCAAAAGAGUUAUUGAUGAAAGAAAGCAAUGUCGUGCAUAUUGCUGCUCCGGUGACUGUGGUUGGAGACAUCCAUGGCCAAUUCUUUGAUAUGAUUGAGAUCUUCAAGAUCGGGGGUUACUGUCCAGAUACAAACUACCUUUUCCUCGGUGACUACGUCGACCGAGGCUUGUUCAGCGUGGAGACUAUAUCGCUUCUGGUCUGUCUCAAACUACGAUACCCCCAAAGAGUACACCUCAUCCGCGGCAACCACGAAUCGCGCGGAGUCACUCAGUCAUAUGGCUUCUAUACCGAGUGUGCCCGCAAAUAUGGCAACGCUAAUGUCUGGCACUACUUCACCGACAUGUUCGACUUCUUGACACUAAGUGUUGUGAUUAACGACGAGAUUUUCUGUGUGCAUGGCGGCUUGUCACCUUCGAUUCAUUCCAUUGAUCAAAUCAAGAUCAUUGAUCGGUUCCGCGAGAUCCCCCAUGAAGGCCCCAUGGCGGACCUUGUUUGGUCUGACCCCGACACGGAACGUGAUGAAUUCUCCCUUUCUCCCCGAGGUGCUGGUUAUACAUUUGGAGCGCAAGUUGUGCGGAAAUUCUUAGACGUGAACAGCAUGUCGCAUAUCCUGCGUGCACACCAGCUCUGCCAGGAGGGCUAUCAAGUUUUAUAUGAUGACCGUCUGAGCACGGUCUGGAGUGCGCCCAACUAUUGCUACCGCUGUGGAAACUUGGCCAGUGUCCUCGAAGUGAGUGACUCUGGCGAGCGCUUCUUCAAUAUUUUCGAUGCGGCACCGGAAAAUGAUGCCCAUCGACUUGAACAGCUGGGCCAGCAACAGCAGCAGAUGAAGGAUGGCUCCACUGCAAUGCCCGACUACUUCUUGUGA